AUGGCGCUGUCCGAAAAGCUCGUCCCUCUUACCAUCAUCAAAGGCGCAAGCCAGGAGUUUAUUCCUUUCCCGACGGGAGAGAAUGCCACUGUUGCAGACUUUCAUUCCAUCCGCACAAGUACCACCGACUCGCCGUCAUACCUGACUUCAGGAUUCUACAAGAUCGAAAAGGGCAAGGCAUACCCAUUACACUACACCUGCGAAGAAACCAAAUACGUCAUCAGCGGGCAGAUCGAUGUUCUGGACGAAGCUACUGGUGUGACACAUCAUCUUGUUCCUGGAGAUUUUGCAUUCUUCUAUGUUGCCAGUAAAGUGCAGUUCUCGACCAAGUCUGCCGGUUUGGCUUUCUAUGCUGUUACGAGACCGGUCAAGGCGGCACACCCGAAUCUCGCGGGCAGAGAGGAGGUUGUUCAGUCGAAGUCGAAGCUCUAG